AUGGACGCAGAUGGCGGCGCUGGAGGCUUCGGCAGUAUUGAUGGAGUCAGCGGCGGCGGCGCUGAAGGCGUCCUCGGCCUCAAAGGAGUCAGCGGGAGCGGGAGCGGCGGCGUUGCUGGAGGCGUUGGAGGCCGUGCAGGCCGUGCUGGAGGCGGUGCCGGUGGUGUUCCUGGAGGGGCGUUGACUGAGGACGCCUCGGUGCUGGAGGCAGCCCCAGUGUCAGCGGCGCCUCCCUCUGACAUCAGUGGUGCCCGGACUCUGGCACUGAAUGCGGCGUCGCUGGAGGUGGCAUCACUGGAGGCCAGGGUGGUGUCAACAGAUUUUGGCUUCAGCGCUGGAGGCGGCUGCGGCGGCGGUGGAGGCAGUGGCAGUGAGGGCGAUGGUGAGUUCCCAGGCGGCAUGGGCUGCCAUGCAAGCGGCGGUGAGGGUGGUGAUGGCAUCGCGGGUGUUGAUGUCCGUGGUGUUGCUGGCGGUGGUGGCGCGUCAGUGAGGUCAGGGGCCCCGGUGGCAGCGGCGCAUGCAUUGUAG